AUGGAGCCCGUAGACCAGUCUGACUGGGAUCCCCUUGCAUCAGACUUCAACUCAUCCUCUGCGGCCACUCCCUCACCCUUCCUCCAUUCCUACCUCCGCCUCUUCAACAUCUCGUCCAACCUGUCCACUCAAAGUGUCCCCUUUCAGGGCAGCAGCACUCUGAUGACAGCAGUCAUCUCCCUCACAGUCUUCAUGGUGGGUCUGACUGGCAACACUCUGGCCAUCUAUGUGGUGCUGCGUUAUGCCAAAAUGAAGACAGUCACCAAUAUCUACAUCCUGAACCUGGCUGUGGCUGAUGAGCUCUACAUCAUCGGGCUCCCCUUCCUCACCACACAAAACGUGCUCUCCUAUUGGCCGUUUGGCUCCUUCCUGUGCCGUGUGGUCAUGACGGCAGACUCUAUGAACCAGUUCACAUCUAUUUUCUGCCUGACGGUCAUGUCCAUUGAUCGCUACCUGGCUGUGGUUCAUCCAAUCCGCAGCACCAAGUGGAGACACCCCCGCGUGGCCAAGGUGGUGAGCACAGCCGUGUGGGUCGUGUCCUUUGUGGUGGUCCUACCUGUGGUCAUCUUCUCUGAUGUUCAGGACACAUUUAACUCCUGCAACAUGAACUGGCCAGAGCCAAAGAACGUGUGGUCAACAGCCUUCAUUCUCUACACUGCCACAGUGGGCUUCUUGGGACCGCUGCUCAUCAUUUGCCUCUGCUACCUACUUAUUGUUAUCAAGAUGAAGUCAUCAGGGGUGCGGGCGGGCUUCACCAAGCGUCGGCGUUCAGAGCGCAAGGUGACACGGAUGGUGGUGGUGAUCGUGGUGGUGUUUGUGCUCUGCUGGCUGCCGUUCUUCAUCAUCAACAUUGUUAAUCUGGUGGUCAUUAUACCGGAGUCCAGCGCCACAGCUGGCAUCUACUUCUUUGCUGUCAUUUUGUCCUACGCCAACUCCUGUGCCAACCCGGUGCUGUAUGGCUUCUUGUCGGACAACUUCAGACAGAGCUUUAGAAAAGUGCUGUGUGUAAGGAGUGUGAGGUGCAAAGUCAAUGGUGUGGAUGAUGGUGACCCCAGUGCUCCACGCACUGAGAAAACCACAGCACACGACUGCAUCCGUCUCUCCCCUCGUAACCAGGCCUUCCACGAUCCCCAGAACAGCCAGAUCUCUCCUCACCCCUCAAGCUCGCCUAUCUCUCACACAGCAGCAGACCUGCACAGCUCCACCCCUUCAUGUCAACCUCCCCCCACUUGCCCAGGAAUCGGACCAACCACUACCACGGUAACCUCCACAGCAGCCUCCACGGUAACCUGCAUGGUAACCAGGGCUGAACUUCCCUCAGCCAGUGCCCUGACUACACCCUGACUAUGCCCCCCUAUUCAGUGUUAUGGCAAGGCACCUAACUCUGUUAAGGUUAGGGUUUGGUGCCUUGAAGUCAACGGUCGCAGCGCUGCCUGGACGUCGAUGUUGGGGGCUUAGAAGACCAUUGAGCCCUGCAUUCAUAGCUCUGCAGGAAUAGUAGCCAACGAAUGAUGAACAUCACUGUGUUUUAGGAAGUGAAAAGAGAAGCUGAGGAGGAAAAACAUGAUAUGAGACUACAGAAUUGGAAGCAGAGGGGUUUGAUUAGAUGAUCGAAAUAUAAUUUUUUUUAUGUUUUUCUGCAGUUACAGUGUCUAACUCGGCUACUUUCUGACACACACGUACACUCAUUCUAUAUGCAUUCCAACAUUUAUGAUCCAUUUUAGUGGAAAAACCUCAUGAAUAUUUUUCAUGUCUCAAUGUGUAUCUUUACCUGUCUGAGUCAGCCAGCUGUUUUCUUUCCAUCCAACCAUCUGACAAGUGCCUUUUCAGCUUCCCUCAGCAAGUAUGAGAGCUUCUAAACAGACACAGAAACAGUCAGGCGUCCCUUUUCUCACUCUCUACUCAUCUGUUAAACACCAUGUAAGAAUGUAUUUUUUACCAGAACCAAAAAUGCCAUUGCGGACACAGUGGAGAAGAUUCCCUGCAGGUAUAUCAAAUUUAUUUUGGUAAAUUGUGUGUUACAGGGUUCACUUUCACAUCCACACGUUGUAUUUUCAGAUAAAAUCCUUGCCUCUUAUUGCUUCAAUAACUGUAAACAGCAAAACAGUUUAAUGCACAAAUGUGUCAUAGUAAAAAUGUGUUUAAAGCUCCAAAUGACUUCUGUGCUCUUCACAUAAUUUAAAUGGGUCAGUUGUGAUGAAUGAAGUUGACAUUUGUAUAGCUUUGUGGGAAAAGUCUGCUAUAAUCCUUUUUGUAUACUGUUUUUAUUUUUCAGAAAAUGGCUUGGUGUAUCAGCUUCUGAGUCACAGGAAAUGUGAAGUGUUUUUCUGUAAACAUGUAGCCAGCAUUGAACACAAAAACCUUUAGCCCUCUUUGUACACAUAUAUGCCUAUUUGUAUGUGUUUUUGUGUAAUUGCGUGUCUUGUAUGUGUGUGCAUUUGUGGCUGUUGUGACCAUGCUUUGCUCAGCACCUUGUUUACUGUUCAAUAGAAAACGUAUGCAGUGACUAUUUUGGAUCAGACUGGCAGCAAAGUACCUCUUCUGCCACAUAAUCCAUUAGCCUUUGAAAUGCUUAUACUGCAAAUGUAUUGGCCCACAAGCUUUUAUUAAAAAAAACAGGUGACAAUUUGAACACAGCUUCUCUUUUUGGCUACUUAGGACACCUAAAGUAUUGUUUUAUUAUCGCUUAUGUGAGCCGUUUCUAGUAUUUGUAUUAUAUCACCACACAACCAAUCCCUUUAUAAAAGCAGCUGUUGUGUUAUUCAAUAAAAGCUGAUAAAAACUGAAUAAUGUUCACAUUAAUGGAAUGAGUUUUUUCAACAUGUAGUUGUGAGAAUAAGUUUAGCUGUGAAAAAAUCUCAAUGGUCGAUGUUUAUGCUUUUUUUAGCUACUUCUAUGUAAAGAAAACAAGAACAUUAAUGUGAAAAGAGGCUCAUCAGGUAAUAGUAAGGACGAGAGGUGAUGAGAGGGAAACUUGUGGAAGCUGUCCUUGCAAGAAGAAUAUUAGCAAAGCUCUUAAGCCUGAAGGCUUUCAAAUGCAAAUACAGAUAACAUAUCAUAUAUACAGUGGUUUAG